ACCGUCUUGGCCGAGAAUUGCGGCGGCGGUGAGGCGGUUGCCUUCGACAUCGCACAUCAAGUGAUCGUCUACAUAAGUCUGCCACGACAUUUUCCUCGGCUCUGCUUCUUCUGUGGUUAAUCGGAAUGUUCUAGAGAUAGCGUCCAAGUGUAGCAGUGGCAUAUACAGAGAGAGAGAGAUAAGUGAACGACACGUGGCGGUAUGUCUUAAUUUGACUUUGCUCUUUCGAGUUUUGACUUUGAAUCUCCGGCGGCAAUGAAAGAUGAAACGGAGGAAGAUGACGAGACGCAGCGAUCAUCCCUGGGCGACGGCGUUUCGAAAAAUCACAAGAAGAAGAAGAAGGGUAUAGGUUUCAAGGGUGAUAAAGCAAAGAGAGCUGUAAUCGGAGCGGGUGGUCGGAUCCUAUUCUACCCGACUCUUCUGUACAACCUCCUCCGCUUCAAACUCCAGUCUGAAUUUCGAUGGUGGGAUCAAAUCGACGAGUUUCUUCUGAUGGGAGCGGUUCCAUUUCGUAAGGACGUUCCGCGACUAAAACAACUAGGCGUUGGUGGCGUGAUCACUCUUAACGAACCUUUUGAGACUUUGGUUCCAUCUUCUUUGUACAACGCUUUUGAAAUGGAGCAUCUACUGAUACCUACACGAGAUUACCUCUUUGCUCCUUCCAUUGAAGACAUAACCCGAGCUGUUAACUUCAUUCACCAGAAGGCUUUGCUCGGUAAAACCACUUACGUCCAUUGCAAGGCUGGUCGUGGAAGAAGUACUACUGUUGUUCUCUGUUAUCUGAUUGAGCACAAGAGUAUGACCGUAGCUGCAGCUUUUGAACAUGUCCGCUCUAUAAGACCGCGGGUGUUACUGCAUCCUUCGCAGAGGAAGGUUGUUGAGGAAUUUAAAAAGAUACAAAGUCUAGAGACCUCUGAUGCCGUAAGUUAAUGGCAGAGACUAUAUAUAACUAAGCAUUUCCAGCAUUGAUCAAAAGCUAAGCCCAUUGUUUGCAAGACUUCUCUGCUUCCUUCUGGUUCGGUUAAAAUCUCCGGUUUUGACCAUCUGUCUCGGUUUGGUUCCUGCGAAAUCGUGACCGGUCUAAUGGUUAAUUUAUGGAGUAUAUUCAUUGUCUCAUUUGUCCCCAUGAAAAAGACAGUUACAUGAUUGACCUCUGGUUGAUUAACAAUUGUUUGUAAUACUAUUCUAUUUACGAUAUAUGUUAAUAUCUAUCAUUUUAAUAA